CUGACGUAUUGUGGUGGUCGGUUUUGCAAUGCUUUCUGUAUUCUGGCGUCUGGCGUAUUAUGUGCUCUGUCUUGUCGAUUGCAAUUGUAAAGCUGGAUUCACACUUCUUUCAACAAAGUAAUAAAAACUUGGCUUAAAAAAAAUAAACCUUAAGAGAAAGAAACCUAAAAAGCUUACAUUGACGAAAAGAGUGUGAACCCAGACAAUAGGUGGCUGAGAAAAGUCAAACAUAGGCACAGUAUUUAUGCGCGGUAUGAUCCAAUUAUAAGUACCAUGUCAUUAUUAUAGCCGAAAAAGCGAAAUAUUGAGUUGCUUUCGGAAUUAUUAGGCCCCCAACAUAUAAAAUCGUAGAGGAGAAAAUUAUGGCAAUCAAACCUUCGUUUUCUCUCAUCCUUUGCUGCUUCCUCUUGGCAUCAGUCCUCUUCAUACCGCAUGCAAUAGUCGGUAGUAGACUAGAGGAGGUUAAAGAAGAUGAUAAUGGACAAAGCAAAGCGGGAGUAACAAAAAGUCAUGCAAAUACAGCACCAUCUUGGGUUAGCAACGAUUCUCCUCCAACCUCAAAUAGGGUUGCUAAAGGGCCAUAUGACAACGUGAUCGAUUGGUCAGCAUUACGUAAAGGUAAACGAGAUUGCCGCAGCGUGUAUAAUCGUCGUUGUCGUCGUUGAUAUUAAAGCCACCCAACAAAAGCUCAAUAAAGAAUCUGUAGCGGUUUUGGAAAAAAAUUUCGGUCCGCCACGGUAUUAUUAUAAAUCUACUUUGUUAAUUACUGAUGUUAAUAUUUGCUUGGCGAACCGGCCAAAUUGUUGCCCAAAGUUUUUUAGCUGUGUGAAAAUUUUUGGUAUAUGUCCUUUUCUUAAUUUCUGAAUUGUGUAGAAGUGUUUCUCUUUCCAUAA